UUGCAAUAUUUUUGGAUUUUCUCACGUUGUGCAAUUUUUUGCAAUUACUUACUCACAAUAUAUGAAGUUGCUGUAUUAAAUUAGCAAGAAUUGUUUGUACAAUAUAUAACAAGUUUAAAUAAAUUAUAAGAUAAACAAAAUGAGACUAGUAAGUUCAACGAAACUUUUAGAACUUCAAAAGAAAACUUCGCAGAUUCGAAAUAUAUGUAUCGUAGCACACGUGGAUCAUGGAAAAACAACCCUGGCAGAUUCUUUAAUAUCGAGCAAUGGUAUUAUAUCGCAAAGAUUGUCUGGAAAACUUCGCUACAUGGAUAGCAGGCCUGAUGAACAGGAGAGGGGUAUCACUAUGAAAAGCAGUAGUAUAGCAUUGUAUCAUGCAUUGGAAGGUGAAGAACAUCUUGUAAAUUUGAUUGAUUCUCCGGGGCAUAUUGAUUUUUCAAGUGAAGUGUCAACUGCAGUCCGAUUAUGUGAUGGUGCAAUAGUAGUUGUUGAUGUAGUAGAAGGUGUAUGUCCGCAAACAAGGCUGGUAUUAAAACAGGCAUAUUCAGAAAAUAUGAAAGCAGUUUUAGUAUUCAAUAAAAUUGACCGGCUCAUUGUGGAGAUGAAAAUGACAGCGCUAGAUGCAUAUGUUCAUAUAGCACAAUUGUUGGAACAAGUCAAUGCUGUAAUGGGUGAACUUUUUGCAUCAGAAGUAUUAGAAAAUGAAGAAACAUUGAUUGAUAAACAGCGACAGAAACCGAACCCAAAAGAGGACAAUAAUUUCUAUGAUUGGACGUCAGCUUUAGAAGAUUCAGACGACUCCAACCUGUAUUUCUCACCUGAGCAAGGGAAUGUUGUUUUUGCGAGUGCUAUAGAUGGAUGGGGUUUCACUGUGCACACUUUUGCGAAACUUUUUUCUGAUAAACUUGGUGUCAAAGAAGAGCUUCUCACUAAGGUACUUUGGGGUGAUUUUUAUUUGAAUCCAAAAACUAAGCGUUUUAUGAAAGGUGCCCAAGAGAAAGCUAAGAAACCGCUUUUCGUCCAGCUCGUUCUUGACAAUCUUUGGAAUAUUUAUGAAACGAUUGUUCUAAGAAAUGACAAAGAAAAAGUACCUAGCAUGUGUGAAAAAUUAGGUAUCAAACUUACAACACGAGAUCUAAGACACACGGACAGUAGGGUCCAACUGCAGUCACUGAUGAUGCAAUGGCUGCCUUUGUCCAAUACAGUUUUAGAUAUGGUGUGUAGGAAGCUACCAUCUCCAAAGGAAAUACUACCCGAGAAAGUUGAGAAAUUAAUGUGUUCACGUAUACGCGAUUUCGAAUCUUAUUCGGACGAAACAAAGGAACUCAAAAAAGAUUUCCUUGCCUGUGAUAGUAGCAACGAUAGACCUGUGAUUGUAUUUAUAUCUAAAAUGUUUAGCAUAGAUAAAAGUAUGUUGCCUUCAAACAAACCCAAAGCGCUUACACCGGAAGAAAUGGCGUUGCGACGAGAAAGAGCAAGACAAAUGCGUGAUGCUCUGAAACAUAGUGAGAAAUCUGAACCAAUUCCAGUUAAAACAGAGGAAUUAGUUGAAAAUGAUAAAGAAAAACACGCAACAGAUGAACAAGAAAAGGAAGAUGGUGACGAUACAGCAUUUAUAGCGUUCGCUAGAAUAUUUAGUGGUAGAAUUAAGAAAGGGGAUAAACUUUAUGUACUGGGUCCAAAACACGAUCCAUCCCAGGUACUGAUGAACAAGGAGUUCAAUAUAGAUCCCAAUAAGAAAUUAAAAGACUUACAGAGCGACGAACAUAUAACUUGUGCUGAGAUCAAAUCUCUAUACGUACUAAUGGGAAGAGAAUUAGAAGAUUUAGAAGAAGCAGUUGCCGGCAAUGUUAUAGGUAUUGGUGGUCUUGAAGAUCAUAUAUUAAAAACAGCAACAUUAAGUAGCACAGUAGCAUGUCCAUCGUUCAGUGAGAUUCAAUAUGCAGCAGUGCCAAUACUUAGGGUUGCCAUAGAACCCACAUACCCAUCACAGUUGCCUCAGCUUGUUAAAGGUUUGAAACUAUUAAAUCAAUCGGACUCGUGUGUUCAAGUGUUAUUACAAGAGAGCGGUGAACAUGUUUUAGUGACAGCUGGUGAAGUACAUCUACAGAGAUGCUUAGAGGAUCUCAAAAAUCUAUAUGCGAAAAUACCAAUAACUGUCUCUGAACCAAUAGUACCGUUCAGAGAAACGAUAGUCGAACCACCGAAAGUUGAUAUGGCGAAUGAGGAAAUCGAUUCUCAGAAUAUCGAUAAAGGAAACGCCACUGACAUAGAUCCCGUUAUAACGGUAUACACAAACAAUAAACAAAGCAAAAUAAGAAUACGAGCUAAACCAUUACCAAACGUGAUAACGGCUCUCCUCGAAAAAUCAGCUGAUUUACUAAAAGCUAUAUCUCAAUAUAUAAAAACGUUACAAGGAUUAAACAACAAUGAUAAAAUAGAAAACAAAUUAGAAGAUCUCCAUAUAAACGGGAAACAUCACCUGUCAGAUAGGAUGUUGAAACUGAUUGAAGCUUUCAAAACGGAGUUACAGAACAUUUCGUCGAAGUUAGGACCAGAUUGGAAGAAUGUCGUCAAUCAGAUUUGGUCAGUAGGACCUAGGAAUUGCGGUCCAAAUUUGCUUUUGAACCAAACAACGGAUUAUAAGACCAAGUUUUUGCAUCACGAAGAUAUUAUUAAGGAAGAUCCCAGGUUCGAAUAUGAGGGUAGUUUUGUCAGUGGUUUCCAAUUGGCUUCUUUGUCGGGACCACUCUGUGAAGAGCCGAUGAUGGGUGUUGCUUUCUGUGUUGAAGAAUGGACUCUAGAAAAGCUUGAAGAAGAUUCCUCACAUACUUUCGGACCUUUGUCAGGUCAAAUAAUGUCGACUGUAAAGGACGGUUGCAGAAAGGCAUUCCAAGUGCAACCCCAGAGACUGAUGGCAGCCAUGUAUUCCUGUGAUAUAGUUGUGGAUCAAAAAGUAUUGGGAAAAUUAUAUGCAUCUCUCGGUAAACGAGGGGGUAGGAUCGUUGGCAGUGACCUUCAGAGUGGUUCCGCGUCGUUCAGAGUACGCGCCCUGAUGCCAGUCGCAGAAAGCUUCAAGUUCGCCAUGGAACUGAGGACCCAUACCUCAGGAUUGGCAGCGCCACAAAUGAUGUUCAGUCAUUGGGAGAUAAUCGAUAUUGAUCCAUUCUGGAGGCCGCGAACCGAAGAGGAAUAUCUUCACUGGGGCGAGAAAUGGGACGGAGUUAACAGGGCGAAGGCCUAUAUGGACUCCGUAAGAACUAGAAAGGGACUUGCUACCGACAAACAACUUGUACAACACGCGGAGAAACAAAGGACUUUGUCUAAAAAGAAAUAAUUAUAAAGAUACUAAAAACGUUUUCUUCCCUCAAAAAUUCUCUAUACGGUGACCAACUUGAUAUAUGAUUGCUUUAUUUUGUAUUUUUAUAAGAUAAAACAUUCAUUAAAGGAACUGUAUUGUUGUUAACAUUUAAAGUGUUUUGUGUUCCCUUGUGAAUGUUUUUCAUUUAUACUCCUUAUAUGAUAAGUAUGUAAAUGAACGGGAAUUUGAGUUAAAACCUCAUUACUCUGUAUAAACACAAUGUAUUCCCCUUAUACAGACUGGCAUUUAUUAAUAAAAUUAUUGAAAGUAUGUCCAUAGCAACUAUUAAACGUUUCUGUUUAGAAAUUGUCUCUUUCAUUAUUUAUCCUAACCUUGUGUGGGUUAUGAACACCCUGUAUGGAUUUCUGAACGUAAAGUAUCAUACUUAUAAUGUAUGUAGGAGAGAUGUUUUAGAUUAAAAUUGUUAAAAAUAUUUUCUAUACAAGUGUAAUAAAUGGGAAGUAAAUAAAA